AUGGCCAGCGGGGAUUUUCGGUCAUAUUUGCGCCUGGUGCGCGGCUUCUUUGGCGAAUUUCGAUCGGUGCUGCGCCAGAAAUCGCAGCCGCCACGCCUCGGCUUGCACUACAAUCGUGCGUUUAUGGUGUAUGGAUUGCUCUGCGUCUAUCCAAAUCGCUGCCUGUUGGCCAAUUCCACUUACAAGCACUGCAAUCUUUUUAUAUUGGGCAAUUCGAGCGUGUUUCUGCUAACGGUUAUGUUGGCCGUACGCGAGUCCACCAAUGUCAUCGAAAUGGGUGACGACUUCGUCUGGAUAAUUGGGAUAACCCUUGUACUGACCAAAAUCUUUUACAUUUAUUUGUGCGCCAAUGAAAUCGAUGAAGUGAUUGAGGAUCUGAAUUACUAUGAGGAAAUCUUUAAGCCACAUAACCAUCUGCCCUUCGAGCUGGCUGAGCAUGAGCUGGCGAAUGCGGAGAUUAAGCGCUUGCAGCGCUUCUGCUACCUGGUCGAGUCGAACAUGCUUAUCAGUGUGAUGUUCUUCAUGUUGCUCUUCAAUUUUGCAAUUGGCGUACAGCCUCUGAUUACGGGCCGAGAGCUGCCCUACCAUGUGAUUUUACCCUUUAGCUGGCAUCACGCCGAAGCUCAUCCGCACUCGCAUACGUUCAUUUAUGUCUGGCAGUACAUCACCUCGCAAUGCAAUUUGUUGUCCAUCUGCAACAUUGACCUGCUGGGCAUACACUGCUUUGUUCACACAGCUCUCAAUCUGAAGAUCUUAUGCAUUGAAAUGCGCAAGCUGGGCGAAGGACAGCUCGACAAUGACCUGUUCCAUGUGCAGUUCUGCAAGAUUGUUCAGUUCCAUCAGCAUAUAAUACGCACUGUGCAGAAGGUCAAUCGGGUGUUCCGCGGCUCCUUUAUUGCCCAGAUGAUAGCCAGCUUUGUCUUGAUUUCGAUGUCCACCUUCGAGACCAUGGCCGCCACUCAAGAUCCCAAGGUGGCAGCCAAGUUUAUCCUCUUCAUGAUCAUCACGUUCGUCCAGCUCUCCUACUGGUGUCUGGCUGGCACUAUGGUCUACAGUCAGUCCCUGGAUGUGGCCCAGGCUGCGUUCGAUCUCAAGGACUGGCAUACCAAAUCUGUUGUUAUCCAGCGCAAUAUUCUAUUCAUGAUCAGGCGUUGCCAGAGACCACUCGUCUAUGCGGGCAGUCCAUUGCCGCCCUUCACACUAGCCACCUACUCAAUCAUACUCAAGCAGUGCUACAGAGUCUUGGCUUUGCUGCGCGAAUCGAUGUAGAAUUUAAUAUA